AUGUUUCAAAUCUCCUCGCUUGUACAAAAGGCUCAGUCGUUGGUAGACCCGUCGAACUUCGGUUUCCCUGCUCCGGCCACCUCUGAUCGAAAUCCCUCCAAGGCUUCACUGUUUCGCCAGCAGUUCCGGCUCCCAGACUCUCAGAACCCGUUGCAGGAGAUAUCUGCAGAGCUUGUCCUGCCACUGCCCUACUCCUCGUCGAGCUCUACUCAUGGCGAACGAGCCAAGGACGCUGGCCGUUCUGGCAACCGGUACAUAGGCAACCUGCAUCUCAGCGAACGAUUCAUAUGCUUCUCGACACAGCCUACGAGCUUCCUGCAGUCGUCGAGCUUUGGAGCUUCAUCCUCCUUUACCGGGCAAACGCACGGGACAGGUCCGUCAGGGAACGGGUUCACAUUACCCCUCUGUUCGAUACGUCGAGUCGAGAGGCUGAAUAGCCAUGGCCACGUCUUCUCUCUUUCGAUUACCACUUGGAACGGAGCUCUGGGCAAAUCGACGCCGUCAAAGGAUACAUCUACGAUGGUGCAGAAGUUUACAAUCCACCUGGACGGUUCGCGCCAGGCGUGUGAGCGGUUUUGUGAUGGUUUAAAGCGAGGCCUUAGGGACGGGAUGAAGGAUGUUGAGGGUCUUCGGCAGGUAGUUGCUGGGUGCCACUCUGAAUACAUGCUGUCUGGCUCUCGGACGGUGAAGAAGGAGGGCGUGGAGGUAGAAACAACAAGGGAACCGCCCGACACAGGUCUGGGCCUGGUGUUUAGAUAUCCCGGCGAUGCCAGGAAGUUGAGGGACCGGAGCAAGAUGCGGUUAUGGGGAGAAUAUAUGAGAGAAAAUGGGCGCAAUGCCACAUUGAUAAGGCAGCCUACAUUUCAUAAACUCAUCCGAGUCGGACUCCCCAACCGUCUACGUGGAGAAAUAUGGGAAAUCUGUUCUGGAUCGUUCUACUCACGUCUACGAGCUCCAAAUCUCUACGAGGAGACUCUGGCCAAGUUCUCUGGCCGCGAGUCUCUUGCCAUCGAUGAGAUUGAAAAGGACCUAAACCGCAGUCUACCAGAGUACCCCGGAUUUCAGAGUGAAGAAGGAAUCGGGAGGUUAAGGAGGGUUUUGACAGCGUAUAGCUGGAUAAACGAAGAGAUUGGGUACUGUCAAGCAAUGAAUAUCGUCGUGGCUGCCUUGUUAAUAUACACAUCCGAAGCGCAGGCAUUUUUCUUAUUAUCAGUGCUGUGUGAUCGAUUAUUACCCGGCUACUAUUCCACGACCAUGUACGGAACAUUGCUGGAUCAAAAGGUGUUCGAAUCCCUUGUCGAGAAGACAAUGCCCAUUUUAUGGGACCAUCUGGUCAAAUCUGACGUCCAGCUAUCUGUCGUCUCCCUUCCAUGGUUCCUUUCACUCUACAUCAACUCCAUGCCCCUUGUAUUCGCAUUUCGGGUUCUCGACGUCUUCUUCCUUGAGGGGCCUAAAGUGCUCUUUCAAGUCGGUUUGGCAAUUCUUCGAAUCAACGGAGAGGAAUUACUCGACGUCACAGAUGACGGAACGUUCAUCUCUAUUCUCAAGUCUUACUUUUCAAGUCUUGACGAGUCCGCUCAUCCUCGUUCAGACAACCCAAAAUUACGUGCCAUUACUCGCUUCCAGGAGCUCAUGGUUGUGGCUUUUAAGGAGUUCUCGGGGAUAACCCACAGUACCAUUGUGGAGGAACGAGCUCAACACAAGGAUGCCGUAUUGCACAACAUCGAAAAUUUCGCUAAGAGGACUUCGAUUCGAAACCUCGGACCGGAGAGUAAGAAACUCAGCGUUGACGACCUAGGCACAACGUACGACCGCUUCUAUGAAGUACUGUAUGACCGUCAACAAAAGAUAAAAGCCCAAGAAGAAGAGAGACGACGCAACAAUUCUGGGAUCAAAAACGCCGCACGGUAUUCUGCUCUCAUCCCUAGGGCGGAAGAACAAGUAAGCCGUGUUGGCCUUGGUCCCAGUCCAUCGCUUAUGGAUUACGACGGGUUUAGACAAUUCCUUGCAGCUACUGCUAAAUGGGCAGCCAGCGAUUCUCCUCCACGCAAGGAUUCCGCCUCUGAUAGGAACUCCAGUGUAAGAGGUCGGAAUAAAUCUUGCGAUAGACCCAAAUACCCUGCCCCUGCAGACCAUGACUUUUUAAGACGAAUGUUCCGUAAGUGGGAUGUCGACGGUAACGGCGGCCUCAGUCUUCAGAAUGUUGUCAAUGGCUUGGCUAAAAUAAAAGGUGGCAGAGAUAUAAUGAACACUAUUAACUAUUUUUUUGACUUAUAUGAUGAUGAUGGCUCUGGUCAGGUAGAUCGAGAGGGUAUACUGCGCAUGUCCGAGGCUCUCCUUUUCCUCUCCAGGAGAGGGUUCGAAGGCAUUAUCAACGUCAGAGCCAAUGGAGACAACGAUCGACUGUCAACAUCGACCCAAGAAGGAGACUUGAGAGCCAGACCUAAGCUUAGUGCUGAUGAGAAGUUUCUGAGCAGUGUCAGCGACUUUAUUCAACAUUGCUUUGAAUAUGCUGAUCCCAGCCAUCCACAAAAUCAAGAGCAACACACAGAAGUGGAGUCCAAACUUGGAGCCUUUAGCAUAGGCGACGAUGAGGACGAUGAAGAGGAAGAAGAGUAUCAUCCAACUCCCGAAUCAGACUCAAAAGAAAAGCCACUAGAACCUACAAGCGAAAAUAUUCCCACUACCCCCCUCUCUCCAACUACCAAGCAGGCGUCCGAAGCAGCAAACGCAGCUCUAGAUCCUGCCCACCCUUUACACAUCACCUUACCCACCUUUCGCAUGGUCAUCCUCGCGGAUGAAUUACUUGAGCAAUUUUUUGAAAGCUAUUUCCCUGAGUCAUUCCACCUCUCAGACCGCCCGUCUCCUGAAGCUGCCGCCUCACGCUCUACGUCCCUUUCUUCCAAUCUCACCACCUUCACCAACCUUGGCUAUAAUCGCUCCUCUAGCGGGUCUACAGCUCCAUCUGGAGCUACUCUUGCCGGUGCUUCCGGUGGCAUAGUUCCUCCAGGCCACAAGGGCCUCCGAGGAGUUUUGGAUAACAUCGUCUCCGACGGAAUGCGUAUGGCUGCCGAGGUUCGCAAGAAGAUGGAAGAAGCCCAACGGGAAAUGGAACGUAAUGCUCUUGGCAACAGGGCAGACGAAGAAGAUGAUGACGAGGAUGAAGAUACCGCUUACUAUGAACGAAGAAAUAACGAUAAUUCCAAGCUUCGUGCGCCAUCUAUUCAUGAAGGAGAUCGUGAUCUUCUAGAAGGUGCAGAAGUCGCCAGUAUAAGGGAGCGAGAAGGGCCAGAGCAGAGGGAAGGCAAUUUUACAAAUACCUCUAAAGCAACGCUCUCCCCGUCACCGGGGUCCCUUGUACGAAGGCCUUCAGAUUGCAGCAUUGAUAAGGUCGAGUUCGAGUCAUAA